AUGGUUGCCGAGGAGGACGACGGCGAUGUCGGACACUGGGCGCUUUCCUUACCAUCGUACAUGCACUUCACGUCGCCAAUCCGCCGCUACGCCGACAUCCUGGUUCACCGCAGGCUGGCCUUUAUUCUGGGCGCUCAGGGUGACCUGGAGUCCCAAAGCAGCCACGGCGCCUUUCUGGAGUCCCUGAAGGAAGCAGUCAUCAACUGCAACACCAAGAAGCGCGAUGCCCAAGAUGCGCAGAUGGAAGAGAUCCAGACUGUGCUCUCAGACUACGUCCAACGAAGCGGAGGCAUCGACGUGGACGACGCGGUCCUCACCCGCAUCCUUGUGCCUGUGGCGGCUCCCAAAGAGGAGUCCAAGGACGGGCAGCCGCUGUCCUUCCGCAAACGCCUGACCACUCGGGCGGCGAAGGAGGCCGUGGAGAUUUAUGUGCCGCUGGCGCAGUGUGCUCGCUCCAUGA